GCAAUUGUAAAUCCAAUGGAUAUCCAAGCACCCAACGCAGUCCUGUGGACAUGUUUUAAAGCAAUUGCCAUAUGGGUAAUUUCCAUCCUGCUAGCAGUCCCUGAAGCUGUUUUCUCUGAAGUGGCACAGAUCACUGAUGCAGAUAAUGUCAGCUUCACAGAAUGCGUGCGCUAUCCCUUGAAGGAUGAUCUGCACCCAAAGAUUCAUUCGGUGAUGAUACUUUGGGUAUACCUUCUUAUCCCGCUCACCAUCAUUAGCAUUUAUUACUACCACAUUGCAAAGACUUUAAUUAAGAGUGCACACAAUCUACCUGGAGAAUAUAGCGAACAAUCUAAAAAACAGAUGGAAACUCGAAAGCGCCUGGCCAAGAUUGUCCUGGUUUUUGUUGGGCUAUUUGCUGUGUGCUGGCUGCCAAAUCACGUGCUAUACAUGUAUCGGUCCUUUAAUCACCGUAAGAUUGACCCAUCCCUUGGCCACAUGGUCAUUACCUUGUUGGCCCGAGUGUUGAGCUUCUGCAAUUCUUGUGUCAACCCGUUUGCCUUGUACUUCCUCAGUGAGAGUUUUCGGCGACACUUCAAUAGCCAACUUUGCUGCCACAGGAUGCAUCCUCAGUCGAGGUCUGCCAGUUACCUGAACAAUUCCUCAGCCAUUAGAAUGACUUCAUUGGAAAACCAUGCCAGGCACACUGUUGCUAUGACUACCCUGCUGAAUGGGCAUACCCCUAAACAAGAGAUGUCAUUGUGA